ACCCGAGAAGGGCCUCCCUUCCUACGCAAGACUACCAGCGACGAACCUUGGGCCUGCCCGUCGGGGCACUCGGGGGUCUCAACACACAAGCAAAUGUCAAAACUCCUAGCGAAACGAAAAGCCAAGGACGCCACAGCCGUCGACCGCCGCAUCCUCAUCCUCGACCCGGAGAAGUGCAAGCCCAACUCGGCGGCCUAUGCCUUCCUCAAGCAGUACGCUGGCAAGUGUGGGAAGACGUGCAUCGAAGUCGAAGGUAAAUUAGUCCGCAUCUCGGAGGAUUUAUGUGCCGCGUGUUUAACACGAGCGAAGCAUUGUCCUGGUGGUGCCGUGAGCAUCGUGAAACUCCCCACCAAUCUGAGCACCGACGUCACGCACCGCUAUGGCGAGAACGCGUUCGCGCUGCACGGCCUGCCGUCGCCACGGCCGGGCGCGGUCCUCGGCUUGCUGGGCACGAACGGCAUCGGCAAGAGCACCGCGGUGCACAUUUUGUCGGGGCGCGUGAAGCCGAACCUGGGGGUCCUCACGGCGGCCCCGCCGGCCUGGGCGGACAUCAUCCAAUACUACCGGGGGUCGGACCUGCAGAACUACUUCACCGCCUUGUGCGAGGAUCGGCUGCGCGUGGUGGUGAAGCCCCAGCUCGAGCCGUCGCUCGCGCGCAAGUUCACGGGCCGGACGGUGGGCGCGUGCCUCGAGGAGAGCGACGAGCUGGGGAAGUGCCGCGAGAUCAUGGAGCUGCUCGACCUCGAGGCGGUGCGCGACCGCGAGGUGCAGGCCCUCUCGGGCGGCGAGCUGCAGCGCUUCGCGAUCGCGCGGUGCCUCAACGUGGCGGCGGAUGUGUACCUGUUCGACGAGCCCUCUAGCUUCCUCGACGUCAAGCAGCGCGUCGCGGCGGCGCAGGCCAUUCGGAGCCUCGUCGACGGCGUCGACGCGGCGGCGCGGGCCGAUUCGGUCCGGGCCGCGGACGAAGCGCGGCGGCGGGCAGGCGCGACAUACGUCGUGGUGGUGGAGCACGACCUGACAGUUUUAGAUAAUGUGAGCGACGCAGUCUGCUGCCUGUACGGCGGCCCGGGGGCGUACGGCGUCGUCACGAAGCGGCAGGCGGCCGCGGCGGGCAUCAACCAGUUCCUGGCGGGCUACAUCGCGGCCGAGAACAUGCGAUUCCGCGCCGAGGCCCUGAGCUUCCAGGUGAGCGUCGAGCGCGACGACGACGGCGCGCGCGGCGUCGAGGCAGUUCACGCGCCGCAGACGCACCGCUACCCAGCCAUGAGCCGGACGCUGACGGGGGAGAACUCGUCCUUCACGCUCGACGUCGAGGCGGGCAGCUUCCGGGACGGCGAGGUCGUGGGCCUCAUGGGCGAGAACGGCUGCGGCAAGUCGACGUUCAUGUCGCUGCUCGCGGGCGUCGAGAGCGACGCGCCCGCCGGCGCGUCGCUCGCGCGGCUGGGCGUGGCCUACAAGCGCCAGCACGUUGGGCCGCGGUUCCGGAAAUACCGGGGCUCGGUACAGGACUUUCUCGAGGCGCAUGUGCAGCACGGGCUGGGUGACCGGCUGUUCCGCCUGCUCGUGAUGAAGCCGCUGGGUCUGGAACGCAUCGAGGAGCUACCCGUCCGAAGCCUGUCGGGCGGCGAGGUGCAGCGGCUCGCGAUCGUGGUGUGCCUGGGCACGCCGGCGGGCGUGUACCUCGUGGACGAGCCGUCGGCGGGCCUGGACGUGGAGCAGCGCAUCGUCUGCGCGAAGGUGAUGAAGCGCUGGGUCGUGUCGCACCUCGGCAAGACCGCUUUUAUCAUCGAGCACGACUUCGUGAUGGCGACAGCGCUCUACGACCGCGUCGUCGUCUACCGCGGCGCGCCGGGCGUGCGCUGCACGGCGGGCGCGCCGCUGGCGCCGGCCGAGGGUUUCAACGCGUUCCUCCGCAAGCUCGACGUGACGUUCCGACGCGACGCCGAGAAUUUCCGGCCGCGCAUCAACAAGCGCGGCUCGGUGCUAGACCGCGAGCAGAAGCAGGCCGGCGACUAUUACAACCUCGACGAUGGCGGCGGGGGGGGGGCGUGA